AUGCCCGCCCCACGCCCUCCCACCCACGACCCUCUGCACCGCUCCCCCACUUCGUCGCGCCACCCCUCCUCCCGCACCCCGUCCACCACCCACCAGCGCGACCACCGAGGCCGCCACGCCCACCCCGACGAUGACGACGGCGACCGCAUAGGGCCCUACGCCAUCGCCGAGGAGAUUGGCAGGGGGUCGUUCGCGACCGUCUAUCGCGGCGAGCGGCAGGACACGCGCGGCGCCGUGGCCAUCAAGUCGGUCAUCCGGAGCAAGUUGACGACCAAGCUCCUCGAGAACCUAGAGAGCGAGAUCUCGAUCCUCAAGCGCAUCACGCACCGCAACAUCGUCGAGCUCAAGGACUGCCUCAAGACCGACACGCACAUCUACCUCAUCAUGGACUUCUGCUCGGCGGGCGACCUGUCGCUGUACAUCCGCAAGCGGGGCGACCUCCCGUCGCUCACGGCGUCCAACGCCGGCCUCCUGCCCGACUCGCCCGCGCGCAAGCCGUCCGACAAGGUCCUGUACCCGCACCCGAAGGAGGGCGGCCUCAACGAGACGAUCGUGCGCUGCUUCCUCGGCCAACUCGUCGAUGCACUACGGUUCCUGCGCUCGCAGAACGUCAUCCACCGCGACAUCAAGCCUCAGAACCUUCUCCUCCAGCCCGCCUCGGCUGCAGACCUCGUCGCAGGGCAUCCACCGGGCAUUCCUGUCCUCAAGGUCGCCGACUUUGGCUUUGCGCGCUGGUUGCCGAGCUCGAGCAUGGCCGAGACGCUCUGCGGGUCGCCGCUCUACAUGGCGCCCGAGAUCUUGCGCUACGAGAAGUACGACGCCAAGGCGGACCUGUGGUCGGUCGGCGCCGUCCUGUUCGAGAUGUCGGUCGGCAAGCCGCCGUUCCGAGCGCAGAACCACGUCGACCUCCUGCGGCGCAUCGAGCGAGGCGAGGACCGCAUCAAGUUCCCCGACGAGAAGCGCAUCGACGAGACGCUCCCGCCGCACGAGCAGAAGGUGCCGACCAAGGUCUCGAGCGACGUCAAGGCCAUCAUCCGCCGCCUCCUCAAGCGCCACCCGAACGAGCGCAUGAGCUUCGACGACUUCUUC